UCCUGUCCGCCUCUCCGUAGUCGCCGGGUGGAGGUCGGGCUCCAUGCUAGCAUGCUCAUCAGACAGCCUGCUGCUGGAACAGAGAGAUUAACAUGAAACCACAGAGACUACUCUCUAAAUAGAGCUCUCCCGCUGAGCUGAUUCAUCUGAAGGUGAGCAGCAGCUUGUAGAAACACCGGAGGAGCACCGAACACGGUCUGAACCGGGUCCGUCCGGUUUGUCCUACAAACACCCGGAGAGAGUGUGACAGCAGCGGGAGGAGCUCAGUGCGCAGGCCCGGCGUUAGCUAACCUACUGCUGCAGGAGGAGGACGGCAUCCAGAGCACUACAUGACACAGUAACCUCUCUCCUGUCUGUCGAGGUGAAGCAGUGAAACAUGAGGAAGGACGUGAGGAUCCUGCUGGUUGGAGAACCCAAGGUAGGGAAGACAUCGCUGAUAAUGUCUCUGGUCAGUGAGGAGUUUCCUGAUGAGGUUCCUCUCCGAGCUGAGGAGAUCACCAUCCCAGCUGAUGUCACCCCAGAGAGGGUGCCCACACAUAUUGUGGACUACUCGGAGGCAGAACAGUCAGACGAGCAGCUGUACCAGGAGAUAUCAAAGGCAAAUGUUAUCUGCAUAGUUUACUCAGUCAACAACAAGAAGUCCAUUGAAAAGGUGACAAGCCACUGGAUUCCCCUCAUAAAUGACCGAACAGACAAGGAUAGCCGGGUGCCAUUGAUCCUUGUGGGGAACAAGUCGGACCUGGUGGAACACAGCAGCAUGGAGACCAUCCUGCCAAUCAUGAAUCAAUACCAGGAUAUCGAGACCUGUGUAGAGUGCUCUGCCAAAAACCUGAAGAACAUCUCUGAGCUUUUCUACUACGCCCAGAAGGCCGUUCUCCACCCGACUGGACCGCUGUACUGCCCAGAGGAGAAGGAGCUGAAGCCUUCUUGCAUUAAGUCUUUAACUAGAAUCUUUAAAGUGUCUGACCUGGACAACGACGGCAUCCUUAAUGACAACGAGCUCAACUUCUUCCAGAGAACGUGCUUCAAUACGCCUCUGGCGCCUCAGGCUUUAGAGGAUGUAAAGAAUGUGGUCAGGAGGAACAUGACGGAUGGAGUCCAGGACAACGGACUUUCACUCAAAGGCUUCCUGUUCCUGCACACCCUCUUCAUACAGCGAGGCCGACACGAGACCACCUGGACUGUGCUGAGGAGGUUUGGUUACGACGAUGACCUGGAGCUCACGCAGGAAUACCUGUUCCCCAUGAUAAAGAUCACUCCAGACUGCACCACGGAGCUCAACCACAACGCUUACCUCUUCCUCCAGAGUGUCUUUGACAAACAUGACAAAGACAGAGAUUGUGCGCUGUCGCCGGAGGAGGUGAAGGACUUGUUCAAAGUGUUUCCCUACAUGCCCUGGGGUCCGGAUGUCAACCACACGGUCGGCACUAACGAACAGGGAUGGAUCACAUACCAGGGAUACCUCUCCCAGUGGACGUUAACAACAUAUUUAGAUGUACAGCGUAGUUUGGAGUACUUAGGUUAUCUUGGCUACUCUAUCAUCUAUGAACAGGAGUCCCAAGCUGCUGCGAUUACAGUGACGCGUAACAAGCGCAUCGAUCUGCAGAAGAAACAGACCCAGCGUAGCGUCUUCCGCUGCAACGUCUUGGGGGCCCGGGACAGCGGGAAGAGCGGCUUCCUCCAAGCUUUCCUAGGAAAGAACCUGCAGGAUCAGAGGCGGAUCAGAGAAGACCACAAGUCCUUAUAUGCCAUCAGCACGACCUACGUUUACGGUCAGGAGAAAUACCUGCUGCUCCACGAGGUGAUGCCAGACUUUGACUUCCUGUCCGAGGCGGACCUAGCCUGUGACGUGGUCUGCCUGGUGUAUGACAUCAACAAUCCAGGCUCUUUUGAAUACUGCGCCAAAGUGUACAAGCAAUACUUCAUAGAUAGUAAGACGCCGUGCGUGGUGAUUUCUGCCAAGUCGGACCUGCAUGAAGUACGGCAGCACUACAGCCUCUCGCCGCACGACUUCUGCCGCAAGCAUAAGCUCCACCCACCCCAGCCGUUCACAUGCAGCACGACCGAAGCACCCAGCAAAGACAUCUACACCAGACUCACCACCAUGGCCAUGUAUCCCCACGCCCGUCUCCGCUGCAUGUGCGGCUGCAACAGGUGCACCUAUUGCCUGUGUCAGAACCUCCUCAAGUUGGAGCUGCUGCGCAGUAUUAAGGCUCAACUCCGCAGGGUCGUUUUCAACAGCUCCAGCCAGCCCACCCGCUCUCUGUACAGUUUGACACAGCGAAGUGUGACCAUGCUGUGCCAGCUAACACACAGGCUGCUAGCCAGGGAGGUGACAGUGUGUGUGUGUGUGGGAAUCAGUGUGAGAAACGCAUGCCGUUAUUUGCUUGUGCAGUGCAAAUUAACUCCUAAUACUAACCCCCCCAUACAGUACACAAUACAAACACGCUGUCAAAUUAGAUUUUUAAUUUCUUUCAUUUUGGAGUAUAUUUGUAUGAAAGAAUAAUAUAAUACUACAAAUAAUUAUAAUAUACCAUAUCCAUGUGGUCAGACAGUUAAUCAUUCUGACUUGAAAAAUAAAAAAGAUGGUUUAGGUUUUGUUGUGAUUUGUUACAAUCAAGUGUUAAUGAAGUGUUUUUGUUAAGAGUUGUUUGCUCCCUCCUGUCCUGCAGUGGAUAUGCAAACUGUAAAUCUUGACUAACAAGCUCAUUAUUUGCUCAGAGAACGAAAGCAGCCAUUCUCUUCUUUGGGUUUGUGCUUCAUUCAAACUGAAAACCUCAUCGAUGUCUGCAUGUUUGAUAUGUGAUUUAUUUUCAAUCACAUAUAAACAUUUCUUCCUGUCUAUUAAUUUCUCAACUAUAAUCAACGAUCAGAGAGUGUUUGAUUGAUUAUCUGUGAUGUUUUCAGUCUCCCUUUGUCUUUUACAUUCUUAACACCGACGUCUGCACCUACAGGAGACACUUUAUUUUGAAAAGCACACAUUGUAUUUGUACAUUUCCUAAAAGUAAAUUCAGUUCCCGUGUUCUCCUGUGGGUUUAGACUUCAUAAAGGCUGAUGUUUGAAAUCAAAAUGUGUUUCUUUGUUGUUUAAAUUGUAUUUGUUGUACCAUCACCCUGUCAUUUCAUCCUAUCUUGUAUUUCCUGUCUCUGUCUCUUUCUUUCCUUCCACUCUUUAGGUGUUCAUACACAUGUUUAUGGCUGCCCCUCUUCCUCUUCCUCUUGCAUGUGUUCACCCUCUGCUAAUCUGUCUGCUGUUGUGUUUGCAUGGCUCACCUGUUCUUCACCUCUCUGGACAACCAAAGGCGAGCCUCGGUCCUACGCUGAGGUUACUCACCUGUCCGUCUCUCCAGUAUAAAGAGAGCGCUUGGUGUUAAAGAUAGGAGGAGGGUUGAAUGGCUGUUUAUGCUGCUGGAUUGCGCAGAUGUGUGUUGUGUGUUUGAUGGCAAUUUUUUUAAGCCCAACAAUGGCAUAAAAUGUGGAGCUUCUGGUGGGGGCGUUCAUGGACCCAGGCAGAGCUACGUUCUGUAACGUUGCAUCCAGCUCUGUCUUGAUACUUGUUUUUAAUCUCUGGGAGUUGUUGACACUAUUAAUAGCAUGACACUUAAUGAGCUCUGGCAGCGCAAGAGGCCGACGCACCACAUCGAAUGCCUAACGUGUUUUCUGAGAAGCGGGUUGGUUGACUGGCUUAAAUUAUGUUGUUUUCAUUUUACACAAUAAUCGAAGUCAUCUUGCAAAGUGUGCAAUAUUGAAAUAACGUCUUAGGUUACGAAAAUUACAACAACGGUGAAUCGUGUCAGGAGGCCGCUUGAGAAACUUAGUGCAGACAGAAGGGAUACAAUUUUAGAAAAUCAAGUACAUGACAAGUGGCCAUACAAUUCAUGGCUCAACAUUUCCAGUCUGGCUGCCAUGUGGUGUGUACUGUCCAUAUAUAUGUAUUAAAAAGCGUGAUGUGUGUGUGUGUGUGUGUGUGUGUGUGUGUGUGUGUGUGUGUGUGUGUGUUUUGUCAUGGUUUGUCAUGGUUUGAAGUGUGCGGUGACAUUUGACCAGCGAUGCGGUCAUGGUUGAGCUUGUGCUUGAAGGGUUUUGGUGGUGAUCGAAGUUCCCUCCUCUUCGGGCUGGGUAGAGCUGGGUGGUAUGGAUGAAGUCAGAUAUCAUUUCAUAUUCUACAGUAUUGCUAAUUUAAAGUAUUUUUGGUGCAACUAUUGAUAAUUAAACAAAAUAUUUAAUCUGAACUAGUGGAAUUUCAACUGAAUCUCAUUCACCAAAAAUUCAGAUAAUCUUUUUUGUUUUUUUGUAUUAGUAUUUAAUUUAUUUUAUUUACAUGAACAUUGUCACAUUUUGGUCAAUAAAUAAAAUAACUCCUAUAUGCAAAAAUAAUAUUAACAUAAAAAUAAAUUAAUUAAUU